AUGCCAUUCAACUUUGAAAAGUGGAUCAAAGAGAAUUCCCAUUUGCUAAAACCUCCCGUCAACAACUACUGUUUAUGGAACUCGGAUGACUUUAUUGUCAUGGCUGUUGGUGGCCCAAAUGCUCGCAACGACUAUCAUGAAUGGUUUUAUCAAUACAAGGGUGAUAUGCUACUGAAAGUGGUGGAUGGCGGAGAGUUUAAAGAUAUUCCCAUCAAGGAAAAUGAAAUGUUCUUAUUGCCAGGCAAUGUACCUCACAACCCAGUCAGAUUCGAAAACACUGUUGGAGUAGUUUUGGAACGCAAAAGGCCUGCUGGAUCCUUGGAUCAUCUGAGAUGGUACUGUGAGCAAUGCACAGAGAUUGUAUAUCAGGAGUCAUUUCAUUGCACAAAUCUGGGAACACAACUAAAGCCAGUGAUCCAGCGAUACUUUGCUAGUGAGGAUCUGAGAACAUGCAAAAAGUGUGGACAUGUAAAUCCUACCAAAUAA